AACACAUAGGUUAGUUAGAGCAGUGUUGGGUGAUUAAUAUCGACGAAUGUCUUUUUUACAUUUUUUACAGCUUUUCGGCUUUAUUUCUUAUGAAUUUAAUAGCUAAUUCACAAUUAUAAAGGAUUUUUACAAAAGAUCAUUCUAGUUAGCUUGAAAGUCGAUGGACGGUGAAGAAAACGGGAGAUCGGCAUCAGUUUCAAAUGCCGACGGUGGCAAAAAGGCAGUACCAUUGUCUGUCAAUUAUAAAAUCGAGGAUAAGUUGGCUAGCCAAUACCAAGCACAUAAUGUUAUCAAUUUAUCCGGAUCGGAACUAAAUUUAGCUUAUUUCCAAAAGAACGGCUUUACAAAGCCCAUUUCAAUCAAUGAUAAAAGUGGUCUGGGAUUAAGAGUGCCUAGUCAAAACUUUACUGUUGCUGAUGUUAAAGCAUGUGUUGGCUCAUUGAGAACCUUAAACGUUGUGGACAGCGAUACUCGUUCUUCGUUCAUAAUGAUGGUUAAAGAUUGGGUUGAGUAUUAUGUUCGCCCCGAAAAAGUGAAAAAGAAAUUUAGUGUUACUUCGCUAGAGUUUACCCACACGAAAUUAUCAACUUACGUAGAAGCUCCAACAGCAGUUCAACAAAUUGACUGGGCUAAUUGCGUAUGGCCUAUUCAUCAAAGGGAUUCUCAAAAUGAAGAAAAUACAAGUAUACCUGAUAGAAAUCGACUACCAAAAGUUCAAAAAUUCUGUGCUAUGUCCGUCAAGGGCUGUUUUGGAGAUUUUCAUAUUGAUAUGAGUGGUUGCUCAACCUGGUAUCACGUACUACAUGGAUCGAAAAUUUUUUGGAUUUUACCUCCAACACAAUACAACCUUGAUGCUUUUGAAAAAUGGGUGAAAUCUGGAAAACAGGAAUUUUUUGCAGAAAAAGGAAAAGAAUGUCAGAAAUUUACUUUGAAAGAAGGGCAAACGUUUCUAUUACCAAGUGGAUGGAUUCAUGCCAUCUACUCUGAGGAAGACUCGCUUGUAUUCAGUGGAAAUUUUCUUCAUAGUUUUAGUAUACCUCAACAAAUAAAAAUUGCUGAACUAGAGAAGCGAAUCUACGACAAAUUUAAUUAUUCUUUUUUUACUGAAAUCAUGUGGUAUGCCGUGAAAAGAUAUUGUGGUGCAUUAUUGAACCCUCCUCUGACUCCUGUUAAAGAAACCUCCGGCGAAGAGACAGAUACUGAAAAGAAAACCCCAACAACGAGUCCUAUGGCUAAAAGUACAUCUUCUCUUCCUGAAAACGGAAGUUGCAAAAAAGAAAUUAAGAAAGAAACUAAGGGCGAAAACGAUCAAACUGAAGAAGAGCCGAAGACUGAAAAAGCCACUAUAAAAGAUGAAAAUAAUAAAGUACCUAUGAAAAUAUAUUUAACAACUUUUGAACUAGAAGGAUUGGAGUGCUUAAUUGAAUGGCUUGAGAAAUCAAAUUUUGCUGCAGCACGAGUUCCUAUUGAAUUUCAUAACGCGCAGCUGUUGUUGAAAAAGCUACAGGAUUUACUAGAUAAUCAUAGAAAUGACGCCGCAGACCUAGCUAUAACAAACGAACCUAUUCUCAGUUGGACCUUCAAUAAAAGGCCACGAGCAGCUUCACGAGUACCAAAUUCAUUGAAAAGGGGACGAGGGGGCAGUCGAGUCUCUCAGAGCUCUCCCUCGUCUGCGGGAGUUGAUCAAGGUAGCGGAGAUAAGUCAAAGGGACCUCAACAUCGAAGAGUUCGCUGCAAGAAAUGUGAACCUUGUACUCGAACAGAUUGCGGUGAAUGCCAUUUUUGCCGAGAUAUGAGAAAGUUUGGUGGUUUAGGAAGAAUGAAGCAAACCUGUGUGUCGAGACAGUGUAUGGUGCCUUUAUUACCAUCAACGGCCAUUUGCCACCUUUGUGAAUCCGGUGAUGGGAGAGAAGCUCCUGCUUGCUUGGACGAUAUAAAAGAGGCUAAUGAUCUACUAAUGGAGUGUUCUAUUUGUUGGAAAAUCUCCCAUCCACGCUGUUUGUCAAGCAAAGAUAGCGAUUUACCUUGUGGUAGUCUUUGUGAUGAUAUGCCCGCUUGUUGGAGGUGCCCCGAAUGCAUUAGAUGUGAUGGCAAACCUAUAGAAGAAAAACGUCGAAUUGGUAAAGAGAAUAAGAUUCCUCCACCUGUUCUGAUGCCAAUAUUGCCAACUGUAAAUACGCCGCCGACUCCCAAGUGUACGAAAAUGCUAUCCUUCAACGAUUACUUAAAGGCCAGACCAGCUGACAAAAAAAGUCGAUCUAAAGUAGAAGAAGAAAAACCAAAAUUCGUUGUAAGGCCUGCUCCUAUUACCCCACCUCCGUUAUAUGUGGAAUUGGAGGAUGGAAAGAACCAUGUUUUAGAUAGAAAUCUAUGGCAAACUAUCUUUGGAUUUCUGGACUCAAAAUCCAUGGUUAAUAUCAUGUCCUGUUGUAAAACGUUUUGCAAAUGGACAGUUGAUCGGAGGUUUUGGUACUACAUCAACGUCAAUCAGAAAUGCCUUUCACGAAAUAUGCUUACGGGAAUAAUUCGAAGACAGCCAUCAGCUUUAAAUUUAACCAGCACAAAUAUUUCUAGAGUACAAUUAGAAUGGCUCCUAAAGCGCCUGCCCUGUUUGGAGCAUCUCUUUUUAUCCUCUAAUUCUGUUGCAGCUUGCUCGGCUCUUCGAAGCGUUCCUGUCACUCGUCUUAGAACCCUAGAUUUAAGCUGGAUAGAUGGUUUAAAUGACGACACAUUAAAAAUGAUUAUACCACCAAUUUCGCACACUUCCAGCUUGAAAAUAGUUUCAGGUUUAGCACUAAAUGGUACUGAAGUUACUGAUAGUGUUCUCGGCUCUAUUGUUCGAUACAUGAAUAUUCUAGUAAAGCUAGAAUUGACGUAUUGUCCAAAUAUAACAGAUGAUAUUCUUGGACAAUUAGCAGACGCAGAAACUCUCUCCCAUGUUGGUCUUACGGGUUGCCCUUGUAUAACUGAUAAGGUAUUGAAUGGGCUUUUCAGCGUUCCACUGCUCACUAUCUUAGAGGUGAAUUAUUGUAAAAAUGUCACUGUCUCUGCUUGCCACGCAGCUAUGAGAACAAUGAGGCAAAAUGGAAAGUGUAUAACUAUUUGCUGUGGUCAAAACGAGUCGCCUUAUGCUAGGCUUGUUGACAUGGUGCCAGAACUAAUUGACACAUAG